AUGGCUAACAUGAUCAUGGCCUCUCACAAAACCCUAACCACCCCCUCCAUUCCCCCCGUCCCGAAACCCAUACUCCGCCGCCAAACCCUCCCAAAAAUAGCCCUGCCCAAGUUCCUGAAACCCCACCAGCUCCCCUCCCUCCUCGCCGCUGCCACCACAUUCUCACUCGCUCACGCGCCGCCGUCUCUGGCGGCGGAUAUCGAGAAGGCGGCGCUCUUCGACUUCAACCUCACCCUCCCGAUCAUCGCCCUGGAGUUCCUGUUCCUCAUGGCGGCGAGGGCGGAGAUAGCGGCGGCACUGAACAAGAUGAAGAAGGACUCCCAAGAGGAGGUGGAGGCGAGGCUGGCAGAGGGGAUGAAUAAGUUGGAGGCUGAGCUGGAGGAGGCGCUGGCCGGACUUGAGAGGCAGAAGGAGGAGACAAUCAAAGCCCUCGACUCGCAGAUCGCAGCCCUCAGUGAGGAGAUUGUAAAGAAGGUGCUCCCUGUUUCCUAA